CCUCGGUAUUUAACUCAACCCCAUAUCUCAAUUUCUCACAUAUCUACCUCGCCCUCGUAACUCAUCUCACCUCAAGCAAAUCAUCUGAGCAACUCCCGCCGCAAGCCUUAGCACCCAAAUCAACAAUCCACCAGUCUCUUUCAAUCUUAGCACAAUGUCUUCCACAGAGGGCCGCCAGUCUCCCCCUCCCGAGACCCAGACAGACGCCCAGCUCAAGUCAGCCCCGGGCACAGGUCAAGGCCUGGACGACACCCCCAAGAACAAGGGCCAAGCCAACACGGACCAGCUCCAGAACCUCAGCUCGAACCCAAAGGGACCCCUUGACGAUGCCGUCAAGGAGAAGACCGAUGGCCCACCCAAAGCAUGAAAUUGGGAUGAAAUCAUACGGUUUUCUUUGUAUUCAUUGUCUUCGCUUUUUUGGUGGGAGGGAAAUCAGGACUGCUUAGGUUGAUCUCGGAUGGGAAGUAAAUGCAUUCCCUGGCAGAGUUCCAACCAAAGCCCACAAGAUACUGCCACAUGAGCGGGCUCCCAUUGUAAUAAAAACCUGCGAUUUCUACUUGAUUCUCAAAGACAAUCAAUCACAUACAAUUGCGCCACAGUGCCACGCAACAGGCACGCAUGCGUAUACAAGGCUGACGCGCUUGUGUGCGAGCGGGGGAUUUGACACGGAAACGAC